AUGUCCAGUGAGGAUUGGAAUCUCUUUUCCAUUGUCCGCAACGGAAAAGAUGUCACCUUUAUUACUCCAAACACCAAUAUAGAAAUUAUACCCAACACAGUUCCAAAUACCAUAUCCCCUCAAGAAACCACAACCCUUUUUCCAAUUAGACAAGAAAAUGACUCAUCCCCUUUUUAUGAUAUUGUGCAACCUAGAACCAAUGGGAUCCAAGAGCUACGCCAAGCACUACUGAAUUUCAUUAACCCCACCACCACCACUACGACCACCACAAUCAUUAACACUAGUGGUAAUGCCAUCAAUCUCAAUCCUAACUCUACUUUCUCUAACCUUACAGGAAUCUGUGGACAACAACAGAUGGAGCAAGGCCUCCAUCAUCUUGUGCCUGUUCUCACAACAUGCGAUCCCAUUGGAGCCUCCAGUCCUGGCCUUAACAUAUUCCAUCAAAAACAACAACAACCCCUACUCCAGCAACACCAACCCCAAGUACCCAAGACCAGUUCUAUAGCUCUACCAACUCAUGUUCCCCAAACAAGUCCUAUGGCUCAGCCAAACGUCCAACACCAAGUACCCCAAACCAAUCUUGUGGCUUUUUCAAAGACCGAAACCCAAGCACCCAAACGAAGAAGGUUAACGGAUCAGAUGAAAACAGUUCGGCAGGUGACCACUGACAAAAUAACAAAUGAUAUGUGGGCAUGGAGAAAAUAUGGACAAAAACCCAUCAAAGGUUCUCCGCAUCCAAGGAGUUAUUACAAAUGCCGCAGCAUGAAAACAUGUGACGCGAAAAAGCUAGUGGAGCGAAGCAAGACAGACUCGAGCAUGUUUAUUGUGACAUACGUCGGGGAUCACGAUCACAGGAAUCCGCCUCACCAGAACAUGCUUUGCGGCACCUCACGGCUCCAUCCUUUAGCGACCCAUUUACCCAGCACAUCGCAAACCAAGACACCCACCAACAUUGGAAGCGUUAGUUUAUCUGCUAUUUCUCCCAUGCUGGUGUCAGAUCUGCUGGAGAACGGUGACAAAAUAGUAAAUCAUGGAAAACCUGAAGGCCCUGACCCGAGAAUAGAACCUAAGCCAGUCACCGAUGAUGAUGAUGAUGACAUUCUAAUACCCAUAUCAGAUCUGCUGGAGAACGGUGACAAAAUGAUUAACCAUGGAGUACCUGAAAGCCCUAACCCAGAAAUGGAACCUAAAUCAGUCUCCGAUGAUGAUGAUGACAUUCUAAUACCCAAUUUAGCUGCCAUGUCUAACAUCUUCGAAAUGGGAUAUCAAUCUUUUGACGUUAGAGCCAUCUACAUGGGCUAGUCAGAUCCUAAUUGAACGCAGUGGUUGAUCUAAAUCAUUGGUCUUGGCUCUUUAAGUUGUUCUGCUCAUCAUCCCUUACAGAAGUUCUUCGAAGUUUUGGAUUUUUCUUGUUUAAGGGAGGAAGUCACCUUAAAGGGUAAAGUAAAUCAUCAAAAUCAUUGGUUCUGACGGCUUACUUUAAUGAUUUUAAUGACUUACUUUUCUUUCUAAAGUGUUUCACUCACAUAAGAGGAGUCAAAUCUAUUUAUCUUCUUAAUUUGAAUAGUUUAUUUCUUAAAUUAUAUAGUGUUG